GAGCGAGUGUGCUCGCGAGGUUUGAUCAGCUGUUGUGUCUGUUCCGUGAGGCAGCACGUGGGGAGGAGCGGGCGACACUUAUCUUCACGCUGCAGACUAAACCCCCUGUUCAGACAGAAAAUAAUGUAAUAAAGGAACUUGAUGAAAAAAAAAGACAUUACCAGCUGAAAAUGACAGAUCCAGCUUCACUAGAUUAAGGGGACGUUUCAAGAAUCCCUCCACAAUGGCUUUAAGAUUUCGUUCAUUCUUUCCUUACACAUUGCCAGGAGUACUUGCUUUGAUUGGCUGGUGGUGGUAUAUUUCCCGUAAAAAAGGCCGAAUAAGCAAUUCUGAUAAGGAAGUUGGCUCAAGUGUUGCUACUGUUUUGGGCGCUGAGUCUGCUAAUGGAAAUUUUGAAGUUGGAAGUUAUUCCCAGUUGGCUUCCACAAAUUUUCCCACUGAGGGAUCCCACCAUCACAAGUCUCUGCAUGAGAACCAAAUUAAUACUCCAGAACAGUUAGCAGAGGACUGUUCUGGAAAAGCUUUGAUUGCCAAUGCAAGGCCAAGUGUCAGUGGCGGACUGCCUUGCUGCAGCACCAACACUCUGGAAUUGGCAGCUGAUAAAAUCUUGGAUGUCAAUGAUUAUUGCACUUCCUCUCUAAUUCAAGAACAUACUGUUCCUAUGCAAGAGGCUUCUGUGAACCCUGAAGCAGUAAAAAGUGAAACCUGUUCAGUUUCAGAGGAGGCUUUUCAGCUGGUCAACUCUAAGCUUGAUGAGACCAGCAUUCAAGAUGCAAUCUCAGGUAAUGUGUGUGAAGGGAAUACUGAGAAAGUUGAAGUGAUAAUGGCAACAGCUGCAGCAUGUACCAUGUUAGAAAUAGUAGAAUCAAAGAUAGUCUCUCCCACAGCACACCUGACAGAAGCAAUAAGGCCAGAACCUGAAGGGGAAGUGGCAGAUGAUAAAGUUUCUGUGUCUUUUGCUGAGAAGGUACAGAUUGGGACCUAUGAUGUUGAAAGUAACCUCACCACUGAAGAAAAAAGUGCUAGUUCUUCUGACAUUCAACUCCAAAAACUGGGUGUUUGGGAGCCCCAUGAUGUAAUUGAAGCAUCCUCACUACUGCCACUCCAGGAAGCUGUCAGGUCCAGUAUUCCUGUAGAAAAUGGCAUGCCUCAUUCUACUGAGAUUGGUGAAAAAACGGAAGAUCUUGAAAAGCUUGCUUCAGGCAUAAUUUUGCAAGUUAUUUCUGCUGCCAUGCAGGAUUUGGUUACAGUUAGACAUUGUGAUGAAGAGAAAUGUUGCGUCCCUGGGGACCCUAUUCCCAGUACUAUUCUGGAGAGUAAUGAGAGCAAUGCAGUUCAUGACUGUUCAAAUGAAUCUCUCAUAGCAAGAGACCAAAUCACAGAGAGUUGUCAAAACAAGGAGGAGUUCACUGACAUACAGGAUAGCACACAAACAUCAACACCUCAAGUAAAAAGAGAGAAAAGCCACCAAGAUCAGUUUGAUAACAGUUUUGUGGAAGAAAGUACAUCCCAGACAUGCAAGUCUGUGAAUGGUACCUUGCUGCCAUCUAAGUGGGACACCUCUGAAGAAGGCACAAUAUUAAGUCCGCCAAAAUCUCAUCAUGGUGCUCUAAUGGGGAAAAAGCUAUUGCAAGCACCAAGAAGUGUAAUUGAGGUUUUUGCAGAUCAUACAGAGGAUUCAGGGUGCAGUACAUGUCAAUCAGAGGAUGGCAUGAGUAAUGAGGACCAGUUAAUAAGAACUGGAGUAGCCUGUGUAUUACAAGAGCAAUUAGCAGGACCUUCAGACAUGACUCUAAUAGAAGGUUCUCUAGGACAAGAGAAGACGAUGGAUUUAGACAGGUCUGCAACUACUGUCAUGCAUGAAAUGGAUGAUGAGCAGUUCACAAAUGGUGGAUUAAAUGGCAGUGCAGCUAACCUGAAAAAUGGCAUCCAUUGGUCCCCAGAAGCUGAGGCAGAUCAUUCUGGAGGAUCAGAUGUAAACAGCAUGGACUCAGUUGACAGCGGCUGUACACUUGGAGCAGGAGAGAACAAUCAGAGCAAAAACCCGUCUUCAUCUCUUCCUAAGUCAGAGCUCAGUAUCUGGGAGAUUGAAGUGCCAAAGCAUUUAGUUGGACGUUUGAUUGGCAAGCAAGGACGAUAUGUGAGCUUCCUGAAGCAAAGUUCUGGUGCAAAGAUUUACAUUUCCACGUUGCCUUAUACCCAGGACUACCAAAUUUGUCAUAUUGAAGGCUCACAGCAGCAAGUUGAUAAAGCAUUGGGUCUCAUUGGCAAGAAGUUUAAAGAGCUGGACUUAACAAAUCUGUAUGCUCCUCCCCCUCUGCCUCUUACACUACCAUCUCUACCGAUCACAUCCUGGCUUUUGCUUCCUGAUGGGGUCACUGUGGAAGUCAUUGUGGUAAAUAUCAUAACAGCUGGUCACAUGUUUGUACAGCAGCAUACACAUCCUACUUAUCAUGCACUGCGCAGUCUGGACCAACAGAUGUUUCUGUGCUAUUCGCAGCCUGGCAUUCCAACCCUUCCGUCCCCAGUGGAAGUUGGUGUUAUCUGCGCUGCACCUGCAGGUGAAGGUGCUUGGUGGAGAGCCCAAGUGAUUUCCUUCUACAAAGACACUAAUGAAGUGGAGAUCCGAUAUGUAGACUACGGGGGUUAUGAGAGAGUGAAGAUUAGUGUUCUUAGGCAAAUCAGGUCAGACUUUGUAACUCUGCCAUUCCAAGGAGCAGAAGUGCUACUGGAUAAUUUAAUCCCAAUCCCAGGUGAGGACAGAUUUCCACCAGAGGCUGAUGCAGCACUUGAAGAAUUGACUCGGGGAGUUGCUCUUCUUGCACAGGUCUCUAAUUAUGAUAGCAACACAGGUUUGCCACAGAUCCAGCUCUGGAACAUGGUUGGCGAUGAGUUGGUGUCUAUAAACAGGACCCUUGUGGAGAGAGGAUUUGCUUCUUGGGUGGACAACUUCUAGCCAUUGGAGCAUAUUAUCUGUGCCUUGCUGUGAAAGGAUUUAAAACGGUUUAACUGUGCCUGGACAAUGGAUGCUAGAAGUGGCACUUCACAUUACGUAAUUUAUGGUUUCCAUUGCGACACAGAGUAUUUAUGUGGUCUUUAAACAAAAAAAAAAAAAAUAUUUAUUUGUAAUUAUUUUUCCACCUUCAGUGAUUUUUUUUUUCUCCUUA